AUGACCGGCCUCGGUAUCAAGUCCCCGACCGCGGCCUUCCACAUGGCAUCCUCCUCCUCCUCCUCCAACAGCUCAGAAGACGACGACGCCCCUCUCCCCUUCCCCGAGGCGCUCCCGCGUUCAGACUUUCUCGCCACCGAUUUCGACCCAGCGUCCUACCUUUCAAACCUCCCCCAUCGCCACCAGACCCUCGACGAUCUGAAGGGCGACCUUCGCGAGCGCAGCGGGCCCAUCAGCGCCGAGCUCCUCGAGCCCGUCAACUCGAAUUACACCGCCUUCCUCUCCCUCGGCGAUGAGCUGCGCGGCGGCCGAUUGACAAGGUUGAAAGACGUCAAGGUCGUCUAUGCUGGGGUGUCUGCGCUGGAGGAGAAAUUGGCCGUCGCGAGCCUGCCGGGCAAGGUGCCGGCGCACGACGCUGACGACGACGAUGCUUGGAGUGUUGCGUCGAGCGAGGAUUCCGAUGCCGAGGACGAUGAGGUGUACACGGGACUCGUGGGGACCAGCCCGUCCAAACUGUCGGGAUUGGCGCACGAUUACUGCAUCAUUGAGGCGUUGGCGGACGUUACAGGCAGGGAUACGCCCUUUGUCACCAAAAUGGAGUCACGCAUGAUGAGGUGUCGCAACACGUUGCUCCUCGAUCUCAACGCUGCUUUGAAGGAAUCGCGCAAGGCAGGGGACAAGGGAAAGUCACGGCUUGUCCAAUACCUCGGGUUAUACGGGCUGUUGGACGCCGAGGCAGAAGCAGUCAAGGCUCUGAAGGGAAAGUAG